UCUUCCUGUGUCAUGGCGCUAAAGUUUUGAUCCUGAACACGUUGCUGAGAUCUGCUCCAGCUGGCUAGGCCUUCUUACUUUAUGACUUCUAACAGCUGUGAGCUGCGCGGGAAGGACCCUGGAGGAUCCUGAAGCCACGCAAUGGAGGCAGUGACCUUUGAAGAUGUUGCUGUGGCCUUCACCGUGGAGGAGUGGGCUUUGCUGGAUUCAUCCCAAAAGAAGCUCUACAGAGAUGUGAUGUGGGAAACCUUUAAAAAUGUGUCUGCUAUAGGAAGAAAUUGCGAUGACCAGCAAAUUGAUGAUGAAUGGCAACGAUGUUGGCGGAAAAAUCUAAGAUGUGAAGAGGCAGUGGAAGUCCAUCAAAAUAAAUCAUGGCAUCAACAUGGAGAAAUGUUUUUUUGGACUCCAGAUUGUGAUAUGAACAUGAAGCCACCUGGUUCGAAGCCAGCUGAAAAUCUUAUUUGUAGGAAACCCUUGAUUGGUCAUUCAUUGCUAGAUGUACCCAUCAUAGCUCACACUGUACUCAAGUCAUAUGAGUGCCAGGGAUUUAAAGACAAACUGUCUAAUUAUGAUGUGCAUGAUUUCCAGUCCCUUCAGAGGCAUGCCAGUGUAAACACUGGGGAGAGAUCCUAUGAACAUAAGCAGUGUGGGAAAGCUUACACUGAUUGCAGUGUAGAAACUCACACUGGAGAGAAGCCCUUUGUAUGUAAAGAGAACUCAGAUGCCUUCAGUAUGCCCAGUUAUGUUCAAAUCCAUGAAAGAAAUCACAGUGGAGUGUAUCCCUAUGUGUAUACACAAUGUGGCAAAGCUUUUAAUUCCCACGACUAUAUUCAAAUACAGGAAAGACCUCAUAGCAGAGAACACUCUGUAUGUAAACAAUGCCAGAAAUCCUUUACUAAUAACACUUCAUUUUGUACACAUGAAAAAACUCAAUCUAAGGAGAAACCAUAUGUAUGUAAGCAUUGUGGAAAAGCUUUUGGCAAACCCAGUAAUUGUCGAAUACAUGAAAAAACUCACAUUGGUGAGAAACCCUAUAUAUGCAAGCAAUGUGGGAAAGCUUUUAGUACGCAUAAGUAUUGUCAAAUACAUGAGAAAAAUCACACUGGAGAGAAACCCUAUAUAUGUAAGUACUGCGGGAAAGCUUUCAAUUUCAAGAGUAAUUGUAAAAUACAUGAAAAAAUUCACACUGGAGAGAAACCUUAUCUAUGUAAGCAAUGUGGGAAAGCUUUCACCAGACACAGUGAUUGUCAGAUCCAUGAGAAAACUCACACUGCGGAGAAACCCUAUGUAUGUAAACAGUGUGGGAAAGCAUUUAGAACAUAUAAGUACUGUAAAAUACAUGAAAAAAAUCAUACUGGAGAGAAACCCUACAUAUGCGAACAGUGUGGAAAAGCAUUCACUUGUAAGAGUUCAAUUUGUACACAUAAAAGAACUCACACUGGGGAGAAACCCUAUGUCUGUAAACAAUGUGGGAAAGCAUUCAGUACACACAAGUAUUGCCAAAUACAUGAAAGGAAUCACAGUGGAGAGAAACCCUAUGUGUGUGAACAGUGUGGAAAAGCAUUCAAUUGCAAGAGUUCAUUUUGUAAGCAUAAAAGAACUCAUACUGGGGAGAAACCCUAUGUAUGUAAGCAAUGUGGUAAAGCUUUCAGGACACAAAGUGAUUGCCACAUACAUGAAAAAAUCCAUACUGGACAGAAACCCUAUUUAUGUAAGCAUUGUGGUAAAGCAUUCAGUAGACACAGUAAUUGUCAGAUACAUGAAAGAAUUCACACUGGAGAAAAACCUUAUGUAUGUAACCAGUGUGGGAAAGCUUUCACUGAUAACAGUUCAUUUUGUAAACAUAAGAAGGUACACUGCAGUGAAACCUAUGUGUGUGAACCAUGUGGGAAAUCAUUCAAUAUAUGUGACGAUUGUCAAAUACAUGAAAGAAAUCACACUGUAGAGAAAGCCUGUGUAUGUAAGCAGUGCGGCAAAGCACUUGGUAACUUAGGAUAAGCAUGUUCUGUCGACUACUGAGAUAAAUCCUAUGGAUGUGAAACUACGAAUGAAAGGAUUGUGGCGAAGCUUUCAGUAUAUGUAGAAGAAAUCAUACUGGCUAGAAGUUCUGCACAUGCAAGAAUAUAUUAAAGCCUUUAGAACACACAGUCAUUGUCAGAUACAUAAAAAAACUAACUGUUGGGAAACCCUAUGUAUGUAAGCAAUGACAGAAAGCUUUCUGCACACAUUGUCAUUGUGAAAUACAUGAAAGAACUCACUGAAUACAAAGUCUAGAAAAGUGUUAACUACAUAUACUUACUGUCAUAUGUGUGAAAGAACUCACUAGUGAGAAACACCAUAUGUAAGAAAUGAAAGCAUUCAUUACACACAUGCAAAGAUUUUACGCCAGUAUUUAUUGUAGACAUUAAAAAAUAUCACAGAAGAAAUUAACCAGGAGUAUAUAAAGGCACAAUGACAUGAAAGGAUUCAGAGUGGAAUGCAGCCCUUUGUAAACAGUGGGAAGUUAGUACUCACAGGUAUCAUUGUAUACAUAAAAUAAUUCAGAAGGAAGAAAAUCUGAGCAUAUGUGAAUAAUGUGGUAAAGUUUUUUUUCCCCCAGAAUGCAUUCCAAUACAAUGCAUCUCUCUUGGGAGAGAAGCCAUUUUUAUGUGGUAAAUGUAGGAAACUCUUUACUUCAUCAACUUAUCUUGAAACAUGAGGAAACUAACACUGGUUAAAAGCCUUAUGUAAAUAAUGUUAGCCUUUUAUAAUUUCUAUAGCUUCAGAAAACAAACACACUGAAAGUAAGUACAAUUAUAAGUUGUGGAAAUUCUUCACAUUUACAUGACCUUUCAUUUAAAAAGGAACGUGAACAGUGCAGGUAACUCCUCUAAAUGGGCACUGUAUGAGAACACUUCUGGUUAUUUAGAUUUUUUUUUCUUACUGAAGUACACAAUAUAGUGAGAAGUGGAAGGGAUGCAUGCAAGUCUUUAGCUGGCUUAUAAGAAUGCAUAUUGGAUUAAAAAUCCCAGUAAAUUCUUAAAUAUCUCAGUUUUAACUCAUUUUCAAAAUCCUUUGAACAUGUCUCAUGUAGUGGAAACCUAAAAAGUAUAUUACUUGAAAACUCCAUGUCAAUUACUUUUGUGUAGAAUGCUCCAGAAAGUACACAAAGAAGGGAUACAUCAUACACUAUAAAGGUAGUGUGUUUAUCGGUAAAUUUUUUUUUUUUUUUUGGUACUGGGGAUCAAACUUGGGUCCUUGUGCUUGU